GUGCUGCUGGAUGUCACCAUUGACGUUCUGAAGGGCGACCCUGUCCCGCUGGACUUCAACGACUCGCUGAUCAUCUCCAACCCGAAAGGAUCGGAACCUGAUGAUGGACAUGCUGCUGCUAGCCUGGCCACAGCAACGUGGCCGUUAUCAUUGAAGAGCACUGAGUGCAAGGUCGUGGCCUCGAUGGGCAACUAUCUGUUGAAACUACUCGUUGCUCAGGGCGCCCAUGGUGCACAGAAGCGGUUCCUCCCGAAACGUCGUUCCAUCGAGCAUGUGGUGGCCAUGGACGCGCAGUCCCGUAUCGGGGCCAUGCAGGACGAGGUGCGGUCCAAGGGCCCGCUGCUGGUGCUGUUCGUCUUUGGCGACGCGUUCCGUUCGAUGUGCAGAGCGUGGUUGAACAUG